AGGCUGUGCGUUUCGUUCUCUCUGAAAGGUCAAAGAGAUAAGAAAAACAAAAAGCGGCACGCUGUGUGUGGUUUAUAUUAAUUUGAGAGCGUUCCAAACACAUGAAAACGGUAUGCAUUCUACGAGGUUACUGUUGAAACUGCGAAAUUGGGGAAUUCGUCGUCGUCAUCACGCUCGAUCGGUUCUCUGUUCGUCGUUUGUUUUUCCGGUGGAGAAAAAUGGUGAUGGAAAUUGUGAAACCAAACACAUGCAUUAGAGGAUGUUGCACCAGUGAAUCGAUCCCUCUUCAUCUCCCUUCUUCUUCCUUCACUCUUCUCUCCCCAAUCGCUAAAGGAUCAGAGAGUGUUGUUUAUGAAGCGAUUCUCGAUGGCCGAAGAGUAGCAGCGAAGAAGCCUAUCUUGUCUACUUCCGAUGACCUUGACAAGUUCCACAGGAAUUUGCAGCUCUCAUGCAAUCUCAAUCAUCCUGGUGUGGCUAAGUUACUAGCAGCACAUGCGAAGCCUCCAAAUUACAUGUUUUUCUUUGACUUCUACGAGUCUGGGACUUUAGCUGAGAAGUUACACGUCGAGGAGUGGUCUCCGAGUAUUGAUCAAGUGUUACUGAUCACGCUUCACUUGGCAAAGGCAUUGCAAUAUCUUCACAACAACGGGAUUGUUCAUAGGGAUGUGAAACCAGCAAAUGUUCUUCUUGACGAGAAGUUUUUCCCAUAUCUGGCUGACUUUGGUUUAGCUGAAUACAAGAAGAAUUUGCGCGAAGUUAAUCUGCAGAAUUGGAGAUCGUCUGGGAAGCCAACUGGUGGAUUCCACAAAAAGAAUAUGGUCGGAACACUUAUUUACAUGGCCCCUGAAAUACUGAGGAAAGACAUGUAUACUGAGAAAGCAGAUAUUUAUAGCUUUGGGAUUUUGAUCAAUGAGCUUUUAACUGGAGUUGUUCCAUAUACUGAUCGUCGUGCAGAAGCUCAGGCUCACACUGUUUUAGAGAUGAAUUACACAGAACAGCAACUUACAGUUGCCAUUGUGUCUUCUGGUCUGCGACCAGCUCUUGCUGAAAUUGGAUUGCACCUUCCAAAGAGUUUGCUAUCUCUGAUACAAAACUGCUGGGAAUCUGAUCCGUCUAAACGACCUUCUUCGGACAAUGUGGUUUUGGAACUAGAAUCAAUUUGGGAACAAGUGAGAGGAAAACAGCAAGGUCAUCUCCUUGAGAAAACUUCUAAUUCCCAGAGUGAUACGGAUGGGGCGGACAUCAUUAAAAAUUCAGGAGAUUACAGGGACACCGUUAAUUGGUUUAGUCAAGGGGAGUGUUUAUCCAAGAAAUCGUCUGUUUCCACUGUCUUUGAUGUGAAAUUAUGGUCUAGUUCAACAGAUGAACCUUCAAGAUAUGUCCCAGUAAUUUCUUGUGGGUCUUUUGCAACAUGUGGAAGAAGAGAAUCCAUGGAAGAUACACACUUCAUCAUACCGCACAUGUGUAAUGAGGAAAGCAUCCACUUAUUUGCCAUCUUCGAUGGUCAUAGAGGCGCUGCAGCUGCUGAAUUUUCUGCUCAAGUUUUGCCAGGACUAGUUCAAAGCUUAUGUUCCACAAGCGCUGGCGAGGCAUUGUCACAAGCAUUUGUUAGGACAGAUUUAGCUUUCAGACAAGAACUGGAUUCCCAUCGUCAGUCAAAAAGGGUGAGUCAGAAAGACUGGCAUCCUGGUUGUACUGCUAUAGCCUCUCUCCUAGUAGAGAAUAAGCUUUUCGUUGCGAAUGUUGGUGACUCCAGGGCAAUUUUAUGCCGCGCCGGUCACCCUUUUGCUCUAAGUAAGGCACAUCUUGCAACUUGUAUUGAUGAAAGAAAUCGUGUGAUUGGAGAAGGUGGACGUAUUGAAUGGUUGGUUGACACAUGGAGAGUUGCUCCUGCUGGACUUCAGGUUACUCGGUCAAUAGGUGAUGAUGACCUGAAGCCAGCUGUAACAGCAGAACCAGAGAUUAGUGAGACAAUUCUAUCAGCUGACGAUGAGUUCUUGGUAAAUUGUAUCUUACUUUCGUGUCAUAUAUAUGCAACUUUGAUUGUUUAUUAGACGGUUGAGAAUAAUAAUAGGUUGAAUGUGGUAGGUAAUGGCAAGCGACGGGCUCUGGGAUGUUAUGAACGAUGAAGAAGUUAUUGGUAUAAUCAGGGAUACUGUAAAAGAACCUUCAAUGUGUUCAAAGAGAUUAGCAACUGAAGCUGCAGCACGUGGUAGUGGUGACAACAUCACAGUCAUUGUAGUCUUCCUGCGGCCAGUGUCUACAGCCGAAAGGAUCUACUAGUAGUAUCCAAUUCUUGCACAUUAUUAUUCAACAUUCAACUUCUUUACAUAUAAAUUAAUUCAUGUGUGUUAUCAAAAUGAACCUUAUGUUAUCGUCCCACAGUAUUAUAUUUGCUCUCAACCAGAAAGUACAUAGACCAUGUAAACUAGAAACUUAACUUGAGUGUAUAUACUCCUGAU